AUGGGCGACAUCCCGCAACAUCAAUACUCAGACUUUCGCAGUGAAGUGGUGGCUGGUCUCCCUUUCUUCACGCCAAAGCAGAGAGUACCAGUCGGCACCGCGAUUCUCGAUCCCAAGAACGGCGUUACUGCAGAUUCAAUCACCCCUGCCUUCCAGCCAAUCACUAUCCGGGGCAACACGUUCCAGAAUCGCAUAUGGGUCGCCCCAAUGUGCAUGUAUAGUUGCCAGAAUGGCAUGUUUAGCGACUUUCACGUGGCCCAUUAUGGGCAAUGGGCCAUGAGAGGGUCUGCUUUGAUCCAUUUGGAAGCAACCGCAGUGACAGCCAGAGGUCGUAACACACCUCAGGAUGCCGGCCUCUGGUCUGACGCCCAUAUUGCGCCUCUAAAACGAAUUGUCGACCUCAUCCAUUCGCAAUCUCAAAAGGUCGCAAUCCAGCUCCAGCACGCCGGUCGCAAAGGCAGCGUCACUCCACCAUGGCUGGGUCUCCGUCUCGUUCCUGAUGAAUUUGAUGGGUACGCCAAACAAGUUCAGGGCCCUACUGCCGAGCCCUGGAAUGAGAACUACGCAACCCCUGGAGAGAUGUCAGAACACGAGAUCCUUGAGACCAUCGAAGCUUACGGCCAGGCCGCUCGCAGGGCUGUCGAGGCUGGAGUUGAUGUGAUUGCUGUUCAUGGUGCUCAUGGAUAUUUGUUGCACUCGUUCGCGUCACCUGCGACCAAUAAACGAACAGACAAAUGGGGUGGAAGCUUUGAGAACCGCGUCCGAAUCGGCCUGGAGGUGAUCCGUGCUAUACGACGUAACAUUCCAGAGAAAAUGCCCGUAUUUUGGAAGAUCUCAGCUGUGGACUGGCUGCCAAAGGGAGAAGGAUGGGAGUUGGAAGAUACUCUGCGAUACAUCCCUAUCCUUGCUGCAGAGGGCGUGGAUCUUUUUGAUGUUUCAAGUGGAGGCACCGAUCGGAGACAACAGGUUCAGCUUGGCCAGCAAUACCAGGUCCCCUUCGCCAAGGCUGUCAAGGACCUCAAGCUGCCAAACGUAUUCGUAGCUGCUGUUGGCUGGAUUCGAGAUGCCGACACUGUUCACGAUAUCUUGAGCAAUGGAAAAGCCGAUGUUGUACACGUCGCACGAGAGUUUCUGCGAGAUCCCAACUUUGUCCAGCGGGUUGCACUCGCUACAGGGACUGAAGUCACCUGGGUUGAUCAGUAUCACCGCGCUCCUAUGAACAAAAAGUAUGUUGAGUCUACGACAACCAUUACGACAGACGCCAAAGUGUCGAAAGAUGUAAUUCGAUCGCACGAUGCCCAGGUAUCAAACAAGCUAGCUUCUCAGUAA